UCAAGUAGAAGUGUGUUAUAAUUAAACGAAAAAUUAGCACCGGUUCCAAGAAGCCUGACGUGCGCCAUGCGGGGCGUGACUUGCGAUCCGCGGCGCUGUCGCUGACCGCAUCUGCCGGCCUGCAUCUGCCCGCAUCUGCCAGUCGGCCGGCCGGCGGGAGAUCAGUCUAUACGGAACCCCGAGUGGCGCCGGUGCUGCACUGCGGUCGGCUCUCGUAGCCGCUCGGCCUGCCAGUAUAAAGCUGUCGGCUCCGCUGCGCUGUUUUUUUCAGAGCGAGUUCAUUGGGAGCAGCGUCUUGCCUCUCACCAUCAGCAUAUUCCUACAUAUUUAGAAGAUGUCAGGUUUCGAAGGAUACUGUCACUCUGAAUUCUGGAACGCGGGCUCGGUGUGGCGGACGGACGACCCCGACUUCACGGCGUGUUUCGAGCGCACGGCGCUGGUCUGGGCGCCCUGUGCCCUGCUCUGGCUGCUCGCGCCUGUGGAGAUCUUCCUGCUGAAGAGGAGCACAGAAAACCCGCUCCCACGGACCAUACUCAACGUCAGCAAAUGUGUCUUGGCCGCCGUUCUACUGAUCGUGCAGCUAGCCAGUUUGGCUGUCUCCGCACAACGCUACCACGCCGGUUACAGCGUGCGUGCGGUGGACGUUUUCACACCAAUCAUCCUAUUCGCUACCAUAGUGCUCGCUCUGCUGCUAACCGUGCUCGGCCGGCGGCGCGGCGUGCGCACCUCCGGCGUUCUAUGGACGUUCUGGACCGUGCUGCUGCUGUGUGCCGUGCCCGAGUUCCGAACACGGCUCAGGGCAGCCAUUGGGCAGACGGGCCCCGAACAGCCGGUCGGGCCGUUCGUCCUCUACAUGGUCUACUUUCCGGUUCUGUUCGGCGAGUGGCUGCUCAGUUGCUUUGCCGACACGCCGACCCAACAGCGCGGAGAGAAGACCGGGGAGGAGAAGCCGUGUCCGGAGGGCUCGGCGUCGUUCCUCAGCCAGCUGACGUUCGCCUGGUUCGAGCCGAUGGCCCUGCUCGGCUGGCGACGCUCGCUGCGCCGGGAGGACCUCUGGCGGCUCGACACCAGUCACAUGUGUUCCACCGUGGUGGCCGAGUUUAACAGACAUUGGCACGGCCUGCUGCACAGCACGCAGAACCACUCGGCACCUGACGGACAGAAGGCAGUGCCAAACGGUAUCCCCCUCAGUGGAGGAAACGGCCCUCGGAGGACACGAGCUCCAGCUUCGGUCCUCCCCGCCUUAGUGAGGACAUUCGGCCCGCGCUUCCUCAUCGGAGUCCUUCUCAAGUUUGUCUUCGAUACUCUGCAGUUCCUCAAUCCUCAGAUACUCAGUGCUAUCAUCGGUUUCGUGUCGGACUCUUCGGAGCCGGCGUGGCACGGCUACUUUUAUGCCGUGCUGAUGGUACUGGUCAGCGUGCUGAUGUCCCUAGUGCUGGGCCAGUACUUCUUGCUGAUGAUGACGCUCGGCAUGCACGUGCGCACUGCGCUGAUGUCAGCCGUAUACACGAAGGCGCUCACCAUCAGCAACUCGGCGCGCCGCGAGUCCACCGUCGGUGAGAUAGUCAAUCUGAUGUCAGUGGACGCGCAGCGGUUCAUGGACCUGGUCGGCUACGUGUGCAUGAUCUGGUCGGCGCCCUACCAAAUUGGACUGGCCGUGUACUUCCUCUACCAGGAGCUGGGCGCCAGUGUGUUCGUGGGAAUCGCCAUCAUGGUCGUGCUGAUGCCCCUCCAGCUAUACACGUCGCGGCUCUACGAGAAGCUGCAGCUGAAGCAGAUGAAGUACAAGGACAUGAGGGUCAAGAUGAUGAACGAAAUACUCGGCGGCAUCAAGGUGCUGAAGCUGUACGCGUGGGAGCCCUCCUUCGAGCAGCACGUGCUGGACAUACGCGACCAGGAGAUCCGCGUGCUGAGGAAGACGGCCUACCUGAACGCGUUCAAUCAGUUCAUCUGGUCGUGCGCUCCGUUCAUGGUCUGUCUGGGCUCGUUUGCCACCUACGUGCUGACGGAGACGGACGGCGUGCUGGACAGUCGGCGCGCGUUCGUCUCUCUGGCGCUCUUCUCCGCUCUCCGCUUCCCCCUGGCCAUGCUGCCGUUCAUUACCGCCUCAACAGUACAGGCCAGGGUGUCCCUGAAGCGGAUGAACAAGUACCUCAACAGCGAGGAUCUGGACGAACACGCUGUGUCCCACGACGACGCAGAGAGUGACCCGGUGGUGGUGGAGGGCGGCUCGUUCGCCUGGGAGGCCACAGCGCCGCCCACCCUCCAGGACGUGACACUGCGCGUGAGCCGCGGCAGCCUGGCGGCAGUGGUGGGUAUGGUCGGCGCCGGAAAGUCGUCACUGCUCAGCGCCCUCCUGGGCGAGAUGGAGAAACUCACCGGACGGGUCAAUGUCAAGGGCAGUGUGGCGUACGUGGCGCAGGAGGCGUGGAUUCAGAACGCCACGCUCAAGGAUAACAUUCUGUUCGGCCGGACGCUGGACGAGGACCUGUAUAACCGCUGUGUGGACGCCUGCGCGCUGCGGAGCGACUUUGACAUGCUGCCGGCCGGCGAUGAUACAGAGAUUGGCGAGAAGGGUAUCAACCUAUCUGGUGGUCAGAAGCAGCGCGUGGCGCUGGCGCGUGCCGUCUACAGUGACAGAGACGUCUACCUUCUGGACGAUCCACUCUCGGCCGUCGACUCACACGUCGGAAAACACAUCUUCGAGAACGUCAUCGGACCCGAAGGCAUGCUCAAAGAUAGGACUCGUGUUCUGGUGACGCACGGGAUCGCUCACCUGUCGCGCGCGGAUCUGAUCGUGGUGCUGCGGGACGGCCGUGUGUCGGAGACGGGCCCCUACCGGCAGCUGAUGGACAACCGAGGCGCCUUCUCCGACUUCCUGCUGCAGUACCUGACAGAGGCCGGUGCCGAGGACGAGGAGGAGGAGCUGGACGAGAUCAAACACCAGCUGGAGGAGACGCUGGGCCGCCGCGAGCUGCAGAGGAAGAUGGAGCGCGUGCGGCAGGACUCUGAGAGCCGCGCCAGUCAGGGCGAGGGGUCGCCCCGCCCGGUCACCGCCUCCAGGUCGGCGUCUGUGACCAGUGUGGAGGGGGCCGGCAGCGCCCGCCGCCGCCGGGGCGGCGCUCACCCACACCCCCACCCAGAGGGGGACGGCGGACCGCCGCCGGCGCCGCCCGUCGGUGUAACGACUGAGGAGCGAGACGCCAGGGGUCGGCUCAUCGAGGCCGAGAAAACCGAGACCGGGAAGGUGAAGCUGUCUGUGUACGGUUUCUACGCGCGGGCGGUGGGAGUCCUGCUAACGCUCGCCACUUUCCUGCUCUACAUAGCCGCAGAGGCGUGCAGUGUGAGCUCCAACAUCUGGCUUUCCACCUGGACCGAGGACGAGACUUCCUUUAACGACACGGACCGCCGUAACGUCUACCUGUCCGUGUACGGAGCACUGGGCGUCGGACAGGCGCUGUUCGCCGUCUCGGCGUCGUUCUGCCUCUUCACGGGCCUUCUGUCCGCCGCGCGGCUGAUGCACUCUCACCUCCUGAGCAACGUGCUGCGGCUGUCGAUGGCGUUUUUCGACACGACGCCGCUCGGCCGGACCAUAAACCGGUUCGGCGACGAUGUGGAUACGUUGGACAACGCGCUGCCUAUGGUGAUCUCCGACUGCAUUGUGUGCUUCUGCACCGUCCUGGGCACGCUGUUCGCUAUAUGCUUCGCGACGCCCAUCUUUCUGGCGGUGGUGGCGCCGGUGUUGGUCGUCUAUAACCUGGCGAGGGUAGUUUACGUGUCGACGUCUCGGCAACUAAAGCGUCUGGAGUCGGUGUCUCGCUCACCGAUCUACUCUCACUUUGGUGAGACCAUCAGCGGCGCCGCCACGAUACGGGCGUUCGGCAAGGUGCCCGAGUUCACGCUCAAGUCUGAGGAGCUGGUGGAUGACAACCAGACCUGCUACUAUCCGUCCAUGAUAGCCAACAGGUGGCUGGCCUCGCGACUGGACAUGGUUACGGCUAUCAUCAUCUUCUUCGCCGCCGUGUUCGGCGUGCUGGCGCGCGACACGAUCGAGGUCGGUCUAGUAGGCAUGUCCAUCAGCUACGCCAUGGUCGUCACCCAGGAGUUCAACUGGUUCGUGCGCAUGACGUCCGACGUCGAGACCGACAUCGUGGCCGUGGAGCGCAUCAAGGAGUACUCUGAGACGCCGCAGGAGGCCGUCUGGGUGGACGAGAGCCGGCCCCGUCCGCCGCCCGAGUGGCCGCAGUCGGGCCGUGUGCAGUUCAACAACUACCAGACGCGCUACCGGCCCGGACUCGAGCUCGUCCUCAAGGGCAUCGACGCCGACAUCUCCGGCGGCGAGAAGAUCGGCAUCGUCGGUCGCACCGGCGCCGGCAAGUCGUCACUGACGCUGGCCCUGUUCCGUAUCAUCGAGGCGGCCGCCGGAGAUAUCACCCUGGACGGUAUCCGCAUCAGCGACAUCGGCCUGCAUGACCUGCGGUCCAAGAUCACCAUCAUACCUCAGGACCCGGUGCUGUUCUCGGGCACUCUGCGCCAGAACAUGGACCCGUUCGACCAGUACUCGGACGACCAGGUCUGGGCCGCCCUGGAGCACUCCCAUCUAAAGACGUUCGUCAAGGGACUGGACGCCGGACUGCAGCAUGAGAUCAGCGAGGGCGGCGGCAACCUCAGUGUGGGCCAGCGUCAGCUGAUCUGCCUGGGCCGCGCGCUGCUCCGUAAGACCAAGAUUCUGGUGCUGGACGAGGCCACUGCGGCGGUGGACCUGGAGACGGACGACCUGAUCCAGGCCACCAUCCGGUCCGAGUUCGCCGACUGCACCGUGCUCACCAUCGCACACCGGCUCAACACCAUCAUGGACAGCACCAGGGUAAUGGUUCUGGAAUCGGGCCGUAUCAGGGAGAUGGCGCCCCCGUCCGAGCUGCUGGCCGACAAGGGCUCCGUCUUCUACGGCAUGGCCAGGGCGGCCGGGCUGGCCUGAGAGACACCACGGCGGCCGGGCUGGCCUGAGAGCUGCCACGGUGGCCGGGCUGGCCUGAGAGCCACCACGGUGGCAGGAGGGCGGCGGGGCUGGCCUGACAGCCGGGACCCGGCGCCCCACGUACCGCCGACGUUCACUGCCUGGGUAACGGGUGAUCCCAAAGGUUCACUACAUGGAGACUAGAUCUGAUUUAUCAGCUGAGUGAGAGGCCGGACUAGUCAGUGGAACAUCAUGUGCAGGCUGUUACAGUCGAUGUUUAUCGUGAUACUUCUGCUAACACAGUCAGGUUGAUGCUUUUCGAUGUGAUUUCCGUGCAUUAAAAGGCAGGUACUUAAUACUAAGACAAGUGAGGACAGCUUUUCGUAACAGUCAUUUGUCAGCAGUUAUUUGUCGUAUGGACCCGACCGUCCAUAAUCGUCGCAUUACUGUGAUGUGGUUGUCAAGUUUUGUCAUGUGGUUGGUGUUGUAAAACUGUAACCAAGACGGGAUAGCAUGCUACGUGGUUUCUAUUGUAACUGGUAAGCGGGGUCAGGCAGAUACGACUGGUCAGGGAGAUACUCUGUGGAUACUUAGCGACUGGUUGGUAUUUGUUAAUGACACCAAGUCGGUAAGCCAGCCACUCGUGUCCAGACGGCAUUUUUGGGACUUGGCCCAGUCCCCAUUUUGGGACCUUUAGCUCUGUGCAGGGAAUCUCAGUGGCCUUGGAAUGGAACAAUGUGAUCUGAUUCGAUCUUUUUGGAUGUUUUGUGAUCGUUACUUCUCUAGAAGGCAGUUUGAAAGGCAGCUCUUGUGAUCUUUCCAUGGACACGACUGUCCAUAAACCGUCUCAGAGCUAGCCUCAGAACUACUAGGUGUUGUGACUUUGUGACUGUGUAAGGUUGUCGUCUGGUUAGUCUUUGUAACAAAGACAAGGCAGCAUAAUAGGUGGAUGUGCCGUUUGUUACUUACAUAAAUACACAAAUCAUUUUCCGAAUUCUCAGACUAUGGAA